AUGGGUGCUGACAAUGCCACAGCAGUGUUUGAGUUUCUCCUCAUUGGCAUCUCAAACUAUCCCAAAUGGAGAAGCAUGUUUUUCACAUUGGUGCUGAUAACGUACUUCAGUACAUUGCUGGGAAAUGGACUGAUCAUCUUUCUCAUCCACUUUGAUGCACAACUCCACACACCAAUGUAUUUUUUCCUUAGUAAUCUGUCAUUCUUAGACCUUUGCUACGGAACAGCCUCCAUGCCACAGGCCUUAGUGCAUUGCUUCUCUACCCAUCCCUACCUCUCCUACCCACGAUGUUUGACCCAAAUGAGUGUCUCCUUGACCUUGGCCACAGCAGAGUGUCUCCUCUUGGCUGCCAUGGCCUACGACCAUGUGGUUGCCAUCAUCAAUCCCCUGCGUUAUUCUGUGAUCAUGAGUCGCCCAGUAUGUGUCUGGCUGGCUGCCACAUCAUGGGGAACAUCACUUGUACUCACUUGCAUGCUUGUCUUAUCCCUGAGGCUCCGCUUCUGUGGGGCUAAUGUCAUCAACCAUUUUGUCUGUGAAAUCCUGUCCCUCAUUAAGCUGGCCUGUACUGAUACCAGCCUCAAUGAGCUUAUAAUCCUGGUCACUGGUAUCUUUACCCUGCUUCUACCCUUUGGUUUUAUACUCUUAUCUUAUCUCCGAAUUACUGCUGCUGUCCUAAGGAUUCGCUCAGCACAAGGAAAGCUCAAGGCCUUUUCCACUUGCACUUCUCACCUAACUGUGGUGACAAUCUUUUAUGCCACAGCCAUCUUUAUGUAUAUGAAACCUCAGUCUAAGUCCUCCCCUGACCAGGACAAGUUUAUCUCAGUGUUUUAUGGGGCUUUGACACACAUGUUGAACCCCGUGAUAUAUAGCUUGAGGAAUGAAAAUGUUAAAGGGGCAAUGAAGAAAGUUAUGGGAAAAUGA